CGCGAGGAAGAGCCAGACAGACCGAGCUCGCGCACUCUGCGAUCAAAUAUCAGCCUCUCGCCACCGGAGACCCGCUUUAUAUUCCCCCACAUAACGUGAAACCGGAGCCCGUGCUCGACCUGAGAGGAUCCGUAUUUAAACUCAUCGGUAUUUAAACCCACUCAUAUAAGGCCUAGCGUGAGCGCGCGCGCGAGCGAGUUUAACGUUACAUUACGUCGGGUUUGUUGUUGCACGUGAAGUGUGCGUAAGUUGACGUAAAGAAGAAUACGCUUUUUGGGGGGACCGUAGGUUUUGUGCUAUGGGCUUGCUGUCACAGGGGUCACCGCUCAACUGGGAAGAGACCAAGAAACAUGCUGACCACGUAAGAAAACACGGCAUCCUGCAGUUCCUCAACAUCUACAAUAAAGUCAAAGACCGGCAGAAGGAUGUGCUCAAGUGGGGAGACGAGGUGGAGUACAUGUUGGUGAACAUGGAUGACCAAAAUGAAAAAGUCCGCCUAGUUUUGAAUGGGAAGGAGGUUUUGGAAAUUCUUCAGGAAAAGGGUGAAAACAUCAACCCCAACCACCCCACAUUGUGGAGGCCUGAGUACGGCAGCUACAUGAUCGAGGGAACACCGGGUCAGCCGUAUGGCGGGACGAUGUCGGAGUUCAAUACGGUUGAGGAUAACAUGGGGAAGCGGAGGAGAGAGGCUUCAUCUGUGCUCAAGAAGAACGAAACUCUCCUCACAGUCACGGCAUUCCCCAGGUUAGGCUGCCCGGGCUUCACCCUGCCGGAGUACAAACCCACACCUGUUGAAAAAGGGGUUUCCAAAUCGCUGUUCUUCCCAGACGAGGCCAUCAACCGACACCCGAGAUUCAGCACUCUGACCAGAAACAUCCGCCAUCGGAGGGGUGAAAAGGUGGUGAUAAACGUACCAAUUUUUAAAGAUAUCAACACCCCGUCUCCAUUCAUGGAGGUGUUUCCAGAGGAUGAUGGAGAAGCUGCUCGAGGUGCCAAGCCGGAUCACAUCUACAUGGACGCCAUGGGCUUCGGCAUGGGGAACUGCUGCCUGCAGGUGACCUUCCAGGCUUGCAGCAUCAGUGAGGCUCGAUAUCUUUACGACCAGCUGGCCACUUUCUGUCCCAUAGUGAUGGCUCUGAGCGCCGCCUCUCCAUUCUAUCGGGGUUUUGUGUCCGACAUCGACUGCCGCUGGGGUGUUAUCUCUGCAUCUGUGGAUGACCGUACCCGAGAGGAGAGAGGCCUGGAGUCGCUGAAAAACAACAAAUUCAGGAUCCAUAAAUCAAGAUAUGAUUCGAUCGACAGCUACCUCUCCUGCUGUGGAGAGAAAUACAACGACAUCGAGCUGACCAUAGAUGAGGACAUCAACAAACAGCUCCUUGAUGCAGGCAUUGACAAACUGCUGGCGCAGCACAUUGCACAUCUCUUCAUCCGCGACCCGCUGUCGCUCUUCCAGGAGAAGAUUCACUUGGAUGAUGAGAACGAAUCGGACCACUUUGAGAACAUUCAGUCCACCAACUGGCAGACCAUGAGGUUCAAGCCCCCUCCGCCAAACUCUGAGAUCGGAUGGAGAGUGGAGUUCAGGCCAAUGGAGGUCCAGCUGACAGAUUUCGAGAACUCUGCUUACGUGGUGUUUAUCGUUCUGCUCACCCGCGUCAUCCUGUCCUACAAGCUGGAUUUCCUCAUUCCGUUGUCGAAGGUGGAUGAAAAUAUGAAGGUAGCCCAGAAGCGAAAUGCCGUGCAGGAGGGCAUGUUUUAUUUCCGGAAGGAUGUCUUUAAAGGCUGUACCCCAGUGCUGGAUCGGCCGGGCGCAGCUCAGAAUGGACUGGAGACUGAAACUAAUGAUGGAGAAGAGUUUAUACUGAUGAGCAUCGACACCAUCAUCAAUGGAAAGGAAGGGGUUUUUCACGGGCUGAUCCCCAUGUUGAACAGCUAUCUGGAGAACAUGGAGGUGGACGUGGACACACGCUGCACAAUCCUCAACUACCUGAAACUCAUCAAGAAACGAGCUUCAGGUGAUCUGAUGACCAUGGCCAAGUGGAUGAGGGAGUUUGUUGCCAAACAUCCUCAAUAUAAGCAGGACAGCGUCAUUACAGACAAAAUCAACUACGACCUGCUCCACAAGUGUGACAGAAUCGCAAAAGGAGAAGAAAAAUGUCCAGAACUGAUCGGAGAACCGGUCAACAGAGGAAAAUGAAGGAUAAUCAUCGCUAAUCAUAUCAAAUCAUGCGAAAGCUCCUCUGCAUGAGAGCGCAAGACCAAGUUUGGGACGCAGCGGUCCAGACAAAGCAACGAAAAUGGAAACGUUUUAAGAGAAUAUUGAUUUUUUUUGAGUUGUGUUGAAUUUGUAAAUAGCAGAUUUUUUAUGACGGGCAAAUUAUUUUAAUAGCUUAAACAGACGCAGGAUGUUAUUGUACCUGAACGUGUGUACAUAUUUCACGCCGCUCUGAGCUUGUGCGAGAUUAUGUAAAUGUAGCAAACACUAAAUUGUACAUUAGUCAUAUUUUCAAUGCCGAAAUGUAUAUACUGUACGCCAUCAGACAAUAACAAGUGUACUUUCCAUUUCUUUUAUUUUUUAUGAACGAAAUUUGCUUAUAGUUUUGGCAUUUAUUAAUGAACCGAGACUGAAGACAGUGGGUUCGGUGCAGCACUGACUGAUGUAGAAACUAAUGCAAGAUGACAGUAGAAGCCUUUUAAUGGUGUGAAGUGUGUCGUGUCACUAACAGAUUUACUUUCAUAACUAGUGUUUUUGAUGAAUAUGAUAUUAGGAUAUGAUUUUCCACCACUAGAGGGAGCACUGGCUCUUUUUUUAUGACAGAAAUCUAUGAAGAUCGAGCAUUGUUAUCUGUAUAUGGCUUCAGAUGAAGUGAUUCCUGUACAUAUUUUCAGCUUACAGAGAGAUCUUUUCUAGAGCGCUGUUGAAAAUCAUUUGCAUUCAAGCCUUGCGAUUGUUUUGAAUGCUGUUUGCCUUGACUGUUUGUCUGUUCAGUAAAACUCUGCUCAUUAAAUCAUUUAAUCAGCA